AAAAUGGAUAAUGGCACGUCUGUAUUUCUUCUCCUGGAAUUCUCAAAGAUUCGGGAACUUCAGAUUAUGUAUGCCUCUGUAUUUCUGAUCCUGUAUUUAAUGACACUAACUGGGAACUUCCUGAUUAUCUCUGCAGUUGUUUUUGACUCCCACCUUCACACACCAAUGUACCUCUUCCUAAUGAAUUUAGCCCUGCAGAAUUUUGGUUCGGUUUCAGUCAUUGUUCCCAAGUCCAUUAUCAAUUCAUUUAUGAACACACGGCAGAUUUCUUAUUCUGAAUGUGUAACUCAAGUCCUUUUGUUUCUAUUCUUUGUAGACUCUGAUAUUUCUCUUCUUACUCUCAUGGCAUAUGAUCGGUAUGUUGCCAUUUGCAGUCCUUUACAUUAUGAAAUGAUAAUGAACAGGAAGGCCUGCUCCAUAAUGGUUGGCAGCGUGUGGGUUGCCAGCCUUUUGAAUGCUGUAUUAAACACCACUGGUACUUUUCUUACUCCUUUCUGCUCUAAUAUUAUCAAUCAGUUUUAUUGUGAAAUCCCACAUUUACUUAAGAUUGCCUGCUCAGAUUUAUAUGUAACUGAAAUUGGAGUUGUAGUAUUUAGCAUUACAAUAGCAUUUGGCUGUUUUGUCUUUAUUGUUCUUACUUAUGUAGAAAUCUUCCUUGCUGUUCUGAGGAUUCCUUCUGUCCAAGGAAGAAAAAAGGCUUUCUCCACUUGCCUACCACACCUCAUUGUCUUCUCCAUUUUUUUGUUUACUGGUUGCUUUGCUUAUCUGAGGCCCAUAUCUGACAAACCAUCACACCUUGAUUUUGCCAUUACAGUAAUGUAUUCCAUUAUUCCACCUAUGAUGAAUCCAUUAAUCUAUAGCAUGAGAAACAAUGACAUAAAAAUUGCUCUGUCAAGGCUUUUUGGUCUGAAGUCACUUAUGUAA